AUGGACCAAUGUAAAGCGUUUGAUAGGGUAGACCACCAGUACCUGGGGGCGGUCCUCGAAGCGGCUGGGCUGGGUCUGGACUUCCGUAGGUGGAUCUCCGCCAAGUAUAGCGGCAUAAAAUCCACCGUCCAGAUUAACGGCUACCUGUCGGAGCCGUUUUCGAUCAAGCGCUCAGUUCGUCAAGGGUGUCCCCUGUCUCCGCUUCUGUACGUGUUGGCUCUUAAGCCAUUGCUGCAGAAGUUAGAGAAGUUGGGAGGCAACUCUAAUGAAAUCGGAUGCGCUAAGUCGAUCUCUGCUUAUGCGGAUGACAUAACUUUCAUCGUGUCCAAUGAAGUGCAACUAACAUGUGUAGAGGACGCUAUCAAAGGAUACGAGGUGGUUGCAGGGCAAAAGUUAACAAAGGCAAGUCAUCUUCGUGCUAAAUCAGUACUGCCACGUUAUGUUGGCAAAUAA